AUGCCCGCCGCCGCCCACGACGCUGCCGCAGUGAUGCCUGCCGCCGCCGCAGACGCCCUCCGCAGGUACGCGCGCCUCCAGAUCUGGUCAACACGGGCCUUCUCCCUUACGGGGGAUCCCCUCUUCGACGAGCUCUGGCACGCCUGCGCCGGCCCGCUCGUCACCGUCCCUCGCGUCGGGGAUCUCGUCUUCUACUUCCCGCAGGGACGCAUCGAGCAGGUGGAGGCCUCCAUGAACCAGGUCGCAGGCAACCAGAUGCGCCUCUACGAUCUGCCCUCCAAGCUGCUCUGCCGCUUCAUCAACGUUGAGCUCAAGGUGGACACAGCAAGUGUAUACAUGAUGGUGUCUAAGAGGAUACAGAAGGAGAUCAAGGACCUGCAGAAGGAUCCACCUACCUCAUGCAAUGCAGAUCUACCAGCUCAAGACAUUGCAUGGUGCUCGGGCGGGGGAGGCGACGGCGAGUGGCCUUGCCUCCAUGGCUUCACGUCGAGAGGGAUGCCGGAUGGGAGCGGGCCACCAGGGAGGGAGGUGAAGCUGCCCCGGCAGCGCCGGCACCCUUGAGCCGGAAGCAUGGGCGCAGGAGCCGAGCUCCAGCAGCGGUGAGAGGCGCGAUCCAGCAGCGGCAGAGCGCAGCAGCGGAGCGCCAGCAAGAGGCGAGCUCAAGCAGCACCGGUGGAGAGCGAUAGGCAGCCGGCCCGCCCGCGAGAGGUCGCCGAAGCCAAGGAUGGGAGGCCGCCCGCCGGAGCGAGGCUGAGAGGAGCGCGGGAGUCCACAGGAGGGAAGCUGCCAGGGCGAGCGAGGGAGGCCCGCCGGCGCGAGGCUGCGAGGAGCGCGAGAGUCCACCGGCGGGAAGCUGCAAGCGCUGGAUUCUGCUGGCGCGAGGCUGCGAUCGAUCAGCGAUGCGAUGGUUGUGUUUGCAAAAUAGAAAGGGUGGAUAUGAAAAAAUGGUUUGAACUACACUUCGGACACUUAAAUCGUGAGGGAGUUUAUUAUUAUUUUUUGUUUUUAAAUUCAUUACUGCUGGCGCACAGCCUUAGUCGCCAGGGGUAACUUAUUUUAAUUCUUUUUUUGUUUUUUUAAA